AUGAACUUAUUUGGUUUAAGAUGUGAAUUUUCAGAUUUUACUUUCGAGAGGAUUUCUAAUUUCUUUUGUUUAGGGACUAAAAACGACCAGUAUAUAAAAGCUAAGGGAACUAGACACUCUAAUUUAACUAGACUUCAUAAAUAUCAGAUACCUUUUUCUUUAAUUUCCAAAGAUUAUGGAAAUUUAACAACAAGAUCAUAUUGUGCUUCAAAAGGUGCUUAUGAUAGUGGAAAAUUACUAUUAACUACAAGGUCCCAAGUUCCCCGUAUAGACUUAAAUAAAAUAAAGGCUAUUACUCCCCCAAACACAAGUGCUAAAGAUAAAAAUCAAGAUUUUUCUGGAUCAACAAUUCCCCCAAUCACAUCAUCGGAAAUUUCAUUUUCAAUUAAUGAGCAAAGUUCUAGGAGUCAAUAUGAAAAAGUUGUAUUCCAUCAUAAUCUUUAUGGAAACCUAGUCCCAGAUGUUCCAAAAUUUAAUAACCAAUUAAAACCAAUAAAUGUUUCAAACUUCCAACUCCCCCAAAAACUACUCACAAAUUUUUCAGUACCAAAAUUAAAGUUAUUUUCAACUCCUAGAGCUAAUUUGGUUAAUCAAGAAAAUAUGUUAAGUUGUAAAAUGAACAUUGACAGCCCCAAAACUGAUAGAACUAGAAUAUGUGAAUAUCAAUAUACAGAAGGAGAGACCCCAAUUCAAACAGCAAGAUACUCAGUAAAAAACUUAAAAGCUUGGAAUGCUGUAAAUAUCCUAAUAUUGACGGCAUCUUAUGAUCGUUAUAUACAGAGGAAUAAAUGCAAAAUUGAAGAUUUGACUGUUGAAGCACAAAGUAUUGUAUUCGGAAGUUCGAUUAAAAAAUAUGACUUUAAAUAUUUAGAGAAAGGAAGCUUUGGUAUUGUAUAUAAAGGGAUCUAUAAGGGCACAAAGGUUGCCAUAAAAGUCCCAAACCUUGUAAUGAUUGAAGUAGAUCCAUUGGGAGUAAUUGAAAGAGUUUUGAGGGAGUGGCGAUUUUUAUCUAGACUAAAACAUCCCAACAUUAUUGAAUUUAAAGGAGGAAUAAUUUUACCUAAUAGGCAUAUCUGGCUUAUAACUAAACUUGUAAAUGGACCAGACCUUCAUUCAUUAAGAUAUAGACUUCAUAGAAAUAUCCCUAAAGAUAAAGCAUUGUAUAUGAUUAGACAACUAGCUGAUGUAAUUUUAUUUUUGCAUACCCCUUCAAAAGAAAAGGGUAUUGUUAUUCACCGUGAUAUUAAGCCAGAAAACUUGAUCGUUGAUACUAAAACUUGGAGGAUAUAUCUUUGUGAUUUUGGAGAUGCAGAAGAGUAUGGUGUUGGAAAUAAAAAGAAACUUUCUGGUGCAACAUGGCUAUAUUCACCAAUAGAACUUAUUCUUACAGAUCCCAUUAGAAAAGAUACUUCUGAAUCAAAAAUAGUUGAUUACGAUGAGAAAUGGGAUAUAUGGUCAUUCGGUUGCAUUUUGCAAGAGUUCUUUGGUUAUCCAAAUCCAUUUGAAUACCUUGUUGAAUCUACAGAUUCAUCCAAUGAUAUUUACAAAAAACUCUUAGAUGCAGCAAAAAAAAAUAGAUAUAUUCCUUAUAUUCCUGUUGAAAUCAAUUCAAUUAUUAGAAAUAUCAUCCUUCAGUGUCUAAAUCCAGAUCCUAAGCUUCGACCAAAUAUAAAAAGUGUCAUCAAUACAUUAAAAAGCUUCUCUGAUAGUCAACUUAUGAGGUAG